AAAUUCUAUUGAAAAAUCGAGUAAAUGCGAUAUUUCGAGGUUUUUCAUACGAUCAAUCAAUGUCAUACAUAAAUAUAUCAAGGUUUACAAUCAUUAAUAUGAAGGUAGUAUGACAAAUUUCAUAGAAAUUCUAAUGAGUUAUUUUGUUAUAUGUCAUAUCAAUACAAAGAUUAAGUAUCUAAUCGUAAUCUUAAUUUUUUUUCAGGUAUGCUAAUUGCAAGUAUUAGUCGACGUUGCGUUUUAAGAUUAAAAGAAUAUUCUGAUAAGAAAAAUAGCGCUGGACAUCGACCACGUGCUGUAUCGACCGCAUCAAGUUUUCAAAUUUAUCGUGACAAUGUCAAUCCUAAUAAUAAUGUUACUACUCCGCUUGUUUCAAAAAUGGAUACGAAUAAUCUAGAAGAAUUAAAUACUAAAUCAGUUGAAGUCAUUGAAGAUCAUUCAUUACUUGGACGUUUACUUAGUUGUAAACCAUGUCGACAAGUUACUGACAAUCAAAAACAUCAACUUGAAUUAUCUAAACGGAAUUGGGAAGAUAGUGAAGCUAAUAUCUAUUGGAAAUAUAAAGCAAAAGAAUUUUAUGCUAAAACACAAGAAGCGGAUAAAGUACAAGAAAAACUCGAUGGUCUUACUAAUAAUGUAACAAGUGUACAAAAAGAUAUGGAUGUCCAACGAAAAUCAUUAAGACAAAUAAAUGAUCGUGUCGUUUCAUUAGAAAAAAUAAUGAUUGAUUCACAUAUAUUACUUGAAAAAAUUCGUUCAACUAUUCAACAAGAAGAUAAAUCGUUACCUGAAAGUCAAAAAUUCAUUCAUAUUUUAUCAAGAGAAUCACCUUAUACUUAUACAAAUGAAGCACGAUUUCCAGUUACAGAAAGAUAUAUUUCAUGGAAGAUUCCAUUUGAUUUAUAUGAUCCAACAAUAAUUGUUUUACCAAAAGACCAUCAAUGUUUUCGAGAUGAUGAGCGACCAUUUGUUGAACCUAAUAUAUUAAAAUUACAUUCAGGUGAUGAUGAGGAAUCUGAUGUAGCUGUUGAUACAUUAGUUACACCAACAACUCCAACUGUUCCAUCAGGUACAUUUGGUGCUAUUGAACCUGGAGUAUCAAUAAUACCAAGUGAUUUUAUUAUUCCAUUCUUAGCAGAUAAAUGGAAUCAAAUUGUUGAAAUAGAAUUACCUGAUGGAAAAAAGAUGAUUGUUGAUCGAAAAACUUGGAUAACAAAUCCUGGAGAUAAAAUUGCAAUAAUGUAUAAUUUAGAUACUCAAUUAUUAUUACCAUUAAAUCCAAUGGGUCGAACAGGUGUACGUGGUCGUGGUGCUUUAAUGCGAUGGGGACCCAAUAAAUCUAUUAUGGCUAUAAUAACACGAUGGAAAAAACAUCGUGGACAAUUUGCUGUUAUUGAUGGACAAAGAAUAUUAGAAGCUUUAGUAUUUAAAGAUAAACUUACUAAUGAUUGGAAAUUACCUGGAGGAAAAAUUUUAGGUAUUGAAACUCCUUAUGGUGCUGUAUGUCGUAGUUUUAAUAAACUUGCUCUACAAGAUGAUGAUUCGGAACAUAGUUUAUCAUUACAAGAAUCUGAUAUGAUUGAUCAUUUCGAAUCAUUUGCUCGUUCGUCUACUAGUUCUGAUGAACAAACUGGAUUUGAAAAGCAUAUGGUCUAUCAAGGAUAUAUUGAUGAUGUACGCAAUACAGACAAUUCUUGGGUAGAAGCAGAAAUAUGGAAUUUUCAUUAUGGUUCGGCAAUAUCAUUUCCUAAUCUACGUACAGAUGGUAUGGCAUUAUGGAAAGACGUGACGUAUAAUUCUCGAGGUUUUCUAAUGCAAACAUCAAUAUUACGUGAAAUAGCUCGAAUUCAUGAUGCUUAUUUUGAGUAA